AUGGAAUCUUCUAAAAACAAAACACAAAGAGAAGGAGAGGAGGAGAGACAAGGAGAGAGAGUAGUGGAGAACGAGGGAGAAAGAGACGGAGAAGACAGAGCGAUCGCCAUAAGCGCGUCCUGCUCUAGUGGUAAAAGUGAGAACGGUGAAGAGGAGGAGACGCUUGCGCUGCGGCUGCGAAGCCGCGCCAAGAAGGCAGAGCCGGCGCCAAAAAUGACCCUGAAGCUUACUGCAGGGGCGCGGAAGAAGAGGGCCAUGAGGGAGUCGUCCGAUGAGGAGGCUGGUAAAACCGCCGGGACCUCUAAAAUGUCCACGGCGGCCAGAGGCCGCAUCAGAGGCAGCGCAGGAAAGAGUUCCUUCCUGAAGGCGGCCAAGGAACACCUGGCGGAGGGGUUGGAGAGCGAAUCGGGCGACUCCGACCCCACAUACCGGUCUUCGUAUCGGCCGGCAAGCCCGACCAAAAAGAGGACGCUGCCAAGUAGGGAGACGAAAGGCGCUGGGGAGGAAAUGCGCAAGCUUCGCGCGGACAACGCUCGACUAGCGAGGGAGCUGGAGCUGGUCCGCGCGGAACUAAGCGCAUUUAAGGAAGCAGAAGCGAACCAACGCGACUGCGACUCCGGGGGAGGCACCCCAGGCCCAGCCAGGCCUAGAGGAGGUUCUCAAAAAUGCCCUCGAGGAUAUGAGGCGCGAACUCCUACAGUCUGUGGGCGGGAUGGUCAAUGCCCGCCUUCAAGGCUUGGAGUCGCGCCUCCCACCAGAGCCAGUGGUAAGACCCCCACUGGCUGCGGAUAA